AUGAGCAGAAGCAUGAACUUGGAGUCGCAGCUGUAUGAAGAUCUGUUGUUUGACUAUAUAAAGAUCCCAAGGCCAGUCAAGAAUUCGAGUGAUGUUUUGGUGGUCGAUGUUGGAGCCAGUUUGAUCAGGAUCAUUGAUGUGGUAAGCAGCCAUCAUUUUAAGUAGGCUGGCCAAACAUUUGAGGAUUUUUACAUGUACGGGAUUCCAAGGGCCUUACAAUUAUUUUCUAGACAAUUUCUGUACAAGUUUGUCGGGAAAAUAAAGUGGAUUCGCCGCGCUUUGAAAUCGCCUAUCAUCAUUUUUGGGGUGCUGGAGAUAUGAUGAGCGUUUGCGCCGAGGAAGAUAUUUUGCUGCAACAACUCCACAUUUUUUUCCCGACAGACUAGUGCUAAGCCUCCGAAACAGCUCCAAACUUUGUUUUGCGCUUUAAAAUUAGAGCAUAUCCGCUUAGUCUACCAAGAUUUUGGGCAUUUUUAUUUUGAAUUUUGCCUUGAAAUAUGAUAGUUGUUUGUUCUUUUGCUCUAGGGAAAAAGGACAAUAUACAAUUAAUCUUUAACGGGUUAAAGUUCAACCAAAAAAGAGUUUUCUACGAAGUGCCUUUUUGACCAAUCAUCACUCGUCUUUUGUCUCUCUAAUACAUAUUUUUUCAGGAUGAAAAAAACCAAAUCCUCACCACAAAUCUUUGGCUUGACAUGGUAUGUUUUCAUUUCCUUCAAACAUAAUUUUUUCACUCCUUUUAAAAAAUAAUAAUUCGCUGAGACUUUUAGAAAUGGGUAGAUGCCAAGUUGAAGUGGGACCCCAAUAAAUACGGUGGAAUCACCGCUCUGCAUAUCCCGUCGGACAUGAUUUGGACUCCAGAUCUUGUCUUGUACAACAAGUAAGUUCUAUUUAUAUCAUUUCAUUUUGAAUUUUAGUGCCGCUGGAGACCCCGACAUUACAAUAAUCACGGACGCUUUGGUCUCGUACGACGGACGGGUAUUUUGGCAGCCACCGGCAAUCUACAAGUCAUUCUGUCCGGUCAGUUUUAAAUUUUUUUAUUAAGCUAUGUGUAAGGUACAUAUCAUUACCUUAAAAAUCAAAGAAAAACUCAAAGCCUCUCAAUUUUACAAGUGGUAUCCUCUGAAAACUGCAGAUACCCAUCGAACAUCUCGUUGCUAUUGUUAUCUAGCAAAAUAAUUGCUGCAUUUACACUGAGCUUUCGAUGUCUGAAGAAGACCAGUAGCUUUACAAUUACCAGUAAGACUUCAUCCAUUAGCUGUGACAUAAUUCUUGCGGUCUCCACUUUCUUCUCUAACAUUUUCUCACCAAUGAAAAUCUUGUAGGAGUCUCGGACGACUGAAAGUUCAUUUAUAGUAUUGGUCACUGUUUUAGGCGCUUAUCUCUAACAGAGGAAGUAGUGCGACGCUUAGAUUUUGAUGAAACUUACAAGGGAAGUACUUGAAGUGUGACGCUCAGAUUUUGAUGAAACUUGGCAUAAAUUUAGAAUAAUUUUUUCUAAGAUAUAUGCGAGAAUCCUAGCUCGCGCUUUACAGAAACAACCGAGAUUUUUAGAUCAAAAGUCGGCGAAAAUUUAGGACUUUUUGCCGAAUUUCGGCACGAAAAGUUUCAUGCCUAUUUCAACUGUAAAGGAUAAUGUUUCUACAAAAAAUCAAAUUUUUCCCCACGAAACUGCCAAAGUUAUGGCCAAAAAGCGCUUUUCUCUCUGACCGCUCUCCACGUUUAGUGUGCUCUCUCGGCGGCAAAAAUCGUUCGAUAUCUCGGCGGCGCCCGCAAAGCGCGAGCUAAAACUUUCAGGAAUUGAUAUUUAGUCCAUACCCGAUGUGUGUGCAAAAUUUAAAGAAAAUCUGAGCGUCACACUUGAAGUACUUCCCCUGUUAGUACAAAUGUAGAAUAUUUUUCUUCAAAAUAUACGCGAGAAUCCUAGCUCGGGCUUUGCAGAAACAACCGAGAUUUUUAGAUCGAAAGUUGGCGAAAAUUUGACUAUUUUUGCCGAACUUCGGCACGAAAAGUAUUUCUACCGUAAAGGUUCCCACAAAAAAGUUUUUCCGCGCGAAACUAGCGAAGUUAUGGCCAAAAAUUGUUUUUCUCUCUGACCGCUCUGCACAUUUAGUGUACCCUCUCGGCGGCGCCUUCAAAACGCGAGCUGAAUCUUUCAGGAAUUGAUACUUAGUUCGUGACCGAUGGGUGUGCAAAAUUUAAAGAAAAUAUGAGCGUCGCCCUUGGGAUACUUCUCCUGUAAGGAGAAAUAUGGAAAGUAAGACUGGACAGUUUUUCUUACCGAACAUAAACCGGUUAUCCACAAACUUCCUCUUCGAGCUCUCGCUACUCAACUUGAACUGGUGUGGGAUGUUCAAGGCAUUCCUGAAGCUAUUGAGGACUUCCACAGUGAAGAGGACCACAUCUUCGUGAACUUCAGACAUUGCUUUGGCCUUUCCAACAUGACCAGCGACGACUCCUUCACCAAUUCGGGCUUUGAAAAACAUUCGAACCACUGGAAAUAGAUUUCUUAUUUCUUGUUUAGAGAAUUAGUUUAUCAUAAUGAUUUGUCACGUACAUACACAAGAACUUCUGAACAACAAACUCACUACAUCAAAAAAAAUUUUUGAUCUCUUGCGGUUUGCCAUACAGAGGUUUGACUUUAGAGUAAGGAGUAGAUCAAAGCUUUCGUAUCAAACUCACAUUCAACCAGUCGUUUGUGCUCCAUUUCUCAAAGUUUUGUCUGUCAAACAGAAACAAUUUUUUGAACCGAUCAGCUCUAACUUUUGGAAUAUAAUGUCUAGAGCAUUGUCCAAACUUUGUAAUAUCAUUACUCAUCUAAUCGAAAACCUUCCAUUUUUUAUUCUCAAAUCUGUUCAGAUUGACGUCACUUGGUUCCCAUACGAUUUACAAAACUGCAAUAUGAAGUUCGGAGCUUGGUCCUACACGGGUUUUUAUGUGGAUCUACGGCAAGCCGAUGACAAUGGCACAACCGUUGAGGUCAAAGAAAAUGGAAUGGAUUUGAGCUUUUUUUACAAGUAAGAUUUUUUUUUUAACUUAAAUUUUUUAAAUAAUAAUCAUAAAGUUAUCAUUUUGGAUAUUUAUCGAUAUAUCUUUCUUUUCAGAUCAGCUGAAUGGGAUCUUCUUUCUCUUCGAUCCGAAAGACAUUCCGUUUUGUACGCAAGUUGUUGUGGUCCUGAGAAAUACGUUGACAUCACAUAUUACUUCGUCUUGCGUCGGAAAACACUGUUCUUCACUUGCAAUCUGAUCAUGCCGUGCUUCUUGAUCUCAUUCCUGACGACGUUCGUGUUUCUGCUGUCGCAUCACAAAAUUACAUUCUCAAUUUCCAUUCUGGUCACGUUGACUGUGUUCUUCUUGGUAAGUAAAUUUUUUCUUACAGGAGAAGUACCCCAAGUGCGACGCUCAGAUUUUGAUGAAAGCUGGCACAAAUUUAGAAUAUUUUUUGCUAAAACAUGUGCGAAAAUCCUAGCUUGCGCUUUGUAGAAACAACCGAGAUUUUUGUAUGGAAAGUCGGCGAAAAUUUAAGAUUUUUCGUCGAAUUCCGCCACGAAAAGUUUCAUACCUAUUUCUUUUGUAAUUGGUAAUGUCUAUGCAAAAAAUCAACUUUUUCCGCACGAAACUGGCAAAGUUAUGACCAGAAAGCCAUUAGUUUUUCUCUCUGACCGCUCUCCGCAUAUAGCGUACUCUCUCGGCGGCAAAGAUGGAUCAAUAUCUCGGUGGCGCUUGCAAAGCGCGAGCUAAAACUUUCAGGAAUUGAUACUUAGUUCAUGCCUAAUGUAUCCUCAAGAUUUAAAGAAAAUCUGAGCAUCGAACUUGGGGUAUUCCCUUGUAAAUGUCAGCAAAAUUGGAGGGAUCUCCUUUUAACUUUUUAUCUCAAGUUCUCGUUUGUGAACUUAUUAUUUAUCUUCAAUCAGCCCAUUUCAGGUUUUGAUUGACAUAAUGCCCCCAACAAGUCUGGUGAUACCAAUGUUUGGCCGAUAUCUAAUCACAACAAUGGUAUUGGUCGCACUCUCCACAAUUGUCUCCGUUAUCACCGUCAACUUCCGAUUCAGAAGUGGAGCUGCCCACAUUAUGUCGCCUUGGACCAAGACAGUAUUCAUGAAACUGCUGCCAAAGUAAGUUACUUUAAACCUACAUAUUUAAAUUCUCUCUGUCUAGACUGUUGUUCAUAAAGCGCCCGGAGAAGGUGGAACGCGCGGUCCGCCGUCCUUCCGCCGUUCCCCACGUGGCUACCGAGCUGUUUGCGGGCGCUGCCAAUCUUUUCGGUCCUUCCGGAAGUCUGCCGAAAACAAAGUUCGGAAGCAAAGAGGCCAAGGAGUACUUGAGCAAGCGUCCGUCAAUGGCUCCACCCAGCUACAUGAGCUAUAGAACACCAUCGAUCGGGUACUCCCACGACAGUCUGGAAGCAAUACCUCCGCCGAGAAUGAUGAGUACCUCGUUCAAUGGGCCGAUUCCGGGGAAUUCGGUUGGAUUUACGGUCAGUAGAUCUGCAGGAAUGAAUUAAUGAGAAUUCUAACAUUGAAAUCUAUUUUUUAGGAGACUGGAGUCAAAUUUGAGCGAAGUAUGAAUGGCACCCACUCGUUGCCACAUUCAAUACAAAAACAGAUGACCCGCCGCAAAUCCCAGCAACAAGUUGAGGAGGAGCAGCGAAAAACAAGGAAGAAAGUGAAUGAUCUGAUCCUCGCCAAGCUUCUGCAGCAGGUCAAGUUGAUCGCUGAGCAUUUUCGAAGGUAUCAGGAAGAAAUGGAGGUAAAAUACGUGCUCGCUAACGUCUCCCAGUGUAUCAAAUAGUAUAUCUAUAAUAUAAAAAACAAAAUGGGUUUUAGAUCUCGGACGACUGGGUGUUCGUGGCCACAGUUUUGGAUCGAUUAUUUCUAUGGAUUUUUGGUCUCAUGAACGUGGCCACGUUGUGGAUUAUCCUUGAAUCUCCAUCGUUGUAUGACGACCGAGAGCCAUUGAAUAUCUCAUUCCCAACGAAGCCCUUAGGACAAGCAGACGUCUACAGUAUUCUGAACAACAAGUUUAGAUAG